ACCUCCGCCACCAACUUCUCUCUCCAAAACCCCCCCUGAAACCCCUCUUUCUCUCUCUAUCUCCCUGGAAAUGACGAAAAUGGGGAAGCUCACGAAGCUCAAGUCAGCCAUCAGAAGAUUCCCCUCCUUCUCCAAGCUGUCCCGCAACAACUCCGCCGCCGCCGCCGUCGCCGCGGCCGAAGACGAUCCCAGGAGCGCCGCCGCCGGAGCGGGCCGUGGCAACAACGUGAGGGCGGUGUACGUGGGGAAGUCCCGGCGCCGGUACGACGUGAGCGCCCGCGUGUUCGAGCACCCGCUGUUCCGGGAGCUGGUCGACAAGUCGUCGUCGUCGUCGCCGUCGUCCCCCCCGCCGCCGCCGACGAGCGCGGCGGUGGUGUCGUGCGAGGUGGUGCUGUUCGAGCACUUGCUGUGGAUGCUGGAGAACAGCGGUGACGGGGACGCGCAGCUGGGGUCCAUGGAUGAGCUGGUCGAGUUCUACACUACCGGUUGACAUCGAGGGCUUGUCGGUCACUUCACCAUUCUUUUGAUCUCAUUUGCGAGGAGUUUGAUGAUGAUGAUGUUGACGGGGACGAUGAUUAGGACGAAGUGUAAAGAGUUUAGCGAGCUAGAUUUUAAUUAAAAAAACAAUUUAAGGGUGGGAUGAGUGUCUGUUUAUCCUAUAGUUUCAUUCGAAUCAAAUGUUCAUAGCUUGAUUGAAGAGUAAAUGAUGGACCUGCACAUUAGUUC